AUGCCUUCGUCCGUAAAACCAGAAAUGAUCCAAUCACAACAACAAUAUUUACCUGGAGGUGAAGAAAUUGAACUCCAACAUGUGUACACACCCUCCAAUAAUCCAAGCAAAUCUCCAAGAGAUCGAAAUGACAGUGUCGCUUCCCAUACUUUUGUAAAUAACAAUAUUCCCUCAUCGGAUGAUUUAAGGGAAGAACAAGUUGUUGAUUUUAAAAAGAAGGAAAAAAAGAAAGACAAGAAAAAGGAAAGCGAGAGUGGAUCAGAUUCUUCUGAAGACUCAAAAUCCAGUAAAUCCGAUAAAAAGGCAGCAAAAAAGAAAAAGAAGAAACUAAGAAAGAAGGUUGCUAAGGGUUAUGAAUUCAUGAUUGGUUUUUUGGAUGGUUUUGGAGAAAGUGUUGAUGGACCAGGUUUAAGAAAGAAGACUUUCAUGGGUGCAUUCCUUACAACAAUAAUGAGAAUUGCAUGUAUAAUUUUAAUAGCAUACAGAUUGUAUGUGUUAAUCAUUGAUAACAAAUCUCAAUCAACUGGAUCUAUUAUUAAUAUAAAUUAUGCCAAGACAUCAAAUGUGAGAUAUAUGGAUGUUCCAACAUUGCAGUUGAGAUUAUCAAAUAAUAUUACAUUUUAUGAGAAUGAGGAGGAUGGGCCAUCUCUUCAAAGAAUUGAUAUCUUUGAUAAUUAUGGUUAUGAAAAGACAUAUUCAACAAGAAGAGACAUCAAAGAUGUGCAAGUGCCUGUUCCAGUUACCAAGUCAAUUUUUGGAUCUAGUACUGUUAAUUUGAAUAGCUUUUAUCCUUCAACUUCACCACCUUAUCAAGCUGUUGAAGUGGAAAGAGCUGCCAAUUCAUCUGCAACAUUGUUUGGAACUGAACAAAAUACAAUUUCAGUUCUCGCCAGUAUGAUUGAUGACCCUCUCAAGAUUAUUUAUUUGAUGAAUGGAGUUUUUGAUACUAGUUAUGGGAGUUUGGAUUUUGUUAAUCACACUGUUCAUUUAUAUUUGAGAUUUGUUGAUGACAUGACUCAUAUUAAACCUUGUCAACUGCAUGUUGGAUUGGUCAACUCUGGAGUUUUCAAAUUGAUUCAAGAUACCACUACUGAAGGAAAGAGUUAUAUUAAGAAGGAGUUACAAAGUGUGGAUGAAAUUUACAUGACAACUGAGGAUUCAUUGUGGGAUAUUAAUUUGACAAAAACACAAGGGGAGGGAACCACAUCUUCAAUUUCGACUAAUGGUUUACCUUAUAACGUUCUCUACCUGUCAAACGAAUUCACAACAAAUGAAUUAUACUCUUUCUUAAAUAAGAAAGAUAUUGGGGGUCUGUCAAGAGAUGUUUCAAAAUUAUUUGUCUCAAGAAACAUGACAGCCUCUUCCUUCAUGGAUUGGUCUUUCUUGAUCAGCUAUGUCAAUAACUUUUUGUACACUGAAAAUACUCUUUUAUGUGAUGAUUUUGAAACUACCGUUACAGAUAUUUCAACUCUAUAUGAUAAGACUACCAUGAGUGUUAAAGAUUUAUUCCCACAAGAAAUUAGAGUAAUUGCUGAUCUUGUCGAUGGAACAACCGAGACAAUGUAUGCUAGAGUUCCAACUGAUUCAUUCUCACCAAAGUCUUCAGAUUUUUACCUUCUUCUCUUUGGUAUUACUGGUAGGGCAGAAACUGUCAGAGUGAAUAGUUUUCAGCUUGCCACUGGUGUAGGAACAAAUAGAUACAACUACAUCAAGAUGAGCAUGAAACGAUCAGGUAAUAGACCAGUCAACUUUAAAAAUGUAGAACCUCAAGACACAAUAUUUGCCUCUACAGUUAUUAAUUAUAGUGCGGUUCAACUUCCAAAUACUCUUCCUCAAAAGUGGAUAAGUCAAGGAUUGUGGAAUUGCCCAACAUCCAAGUAUGGUGAUGGUUUUUGUGAUUGUGAAUGUGGCUUUGUCAACGAUACGCUCACAGUAAGAGAUAUUGAUUGUAACAAUAUGUUACCAACUCUCUUUAGUGGUAAUAACUUAAUGACAAAAUUCCACAAAACCUCAUGUGCCAGCAAGGGACAAUUUUGCUCCUCACAAGGAACGUGUUUAGAGGCAAAUUAUUUGAAAUCAAGUAAGCCAUGUUAUCAUAGAGCAUCAGUUUUGGGAGAUUCACAAAUUAUUGGAUAUUUUGGAAGUAAUUCAGAUUAUAACAACUCUGGAGCAUCUAAGAAAUGUGUUUCUUGUCUUGGCGAUACAUUCCUUUCAGAGAAAUCAUCCUUAUCCAUUUCAAAGAGUAAAUACAUGUGUCAAAUCACACCUAUUGGAUACAUAUUUGGAAAGGAUUUCUUUUCAAUGAAUAGUACUGGUUUAAUUAGUGUUUGGAAAGAAGCUCCAGGACACUUGUAUGGAAAAUGUCUCAAUAUUCCAAUUAGAGUUAAGGUUGGUGAGCUAAUGUUUCCAACUAUCAAUCCUGGUGAAUAUUACACUCUUCAAGUGGGUGACGCUUCAUCCAAUCAAUACUCACAAACAGCAUAUUUGGCUAGUGUUGGACCAACAUCUCGAUCAAUCAAAAAGAUUUCUCCAAAAGGAGAUUUAAUUGGUGAAUCUCAAUACGACUUUCAAACAGUGUGUGUCUCAACAACAGAACCAUCUUUGAGUUUCCUUGAAAUGGCUGGUUUUGGUCAAGUCAUUUCUUCUGUGUCUGCCUAUUCAAAUAUUAUCAUUGUUGAUCCAGUAACUAUUAAUUCACCUGAUCCUAACAAUACUUUGAGUUUUAUUGGUCGUUUCCCUACAGCAGGCGCUUUCAAGGCAACUUUUUAUUCUGGAGAUGGUUACUCUGAAGGGAUUACUGAUACAGUAACUCAUCAACCAAUCUCUGUUGAUGUUCUGGGUGUAACUGAUGUUAAUGGAUAUCAAAUAUUACAAUUGAAAGCUGCUCCUUCUUACUCUAUUGGUUUAGCCUUCAACGUUUUACAAUAUGUUGAUUCUGGAAGAACUAUUGUUAAUAUUGAACAAUUCAAACUCACCACCGAUCUCUCCAAUUCUAACUUGAUUAAGAGAGUGAACGAUUGGAAGUCUCAACCGUCCAAAUUUAAGCAACCAAGAUUGUUGAUCAGAAAAUCUAUCGAUGAUUAUACCUACCUUCAAUAUGUUUUAAUUACAGAUAUCACCGAAAUUUCUGUAAUACCACUCAAAUACAGAGUUUCUUUGAAUUCCAAGGUUACAGAAGUGUUUGAUGUUGGAUCAGUGGUUGAAUAUACUGCUGAUAUGACAAUUGGUUCUAUCAGUAUUCCAAUAACGUUAUCAUCUUCCUAUGACAGAAAGGAAUUCCUUCCAGUAAAUAGUGCACAAACAGUUGGUAUUCCAACACCUAGUAGUCUCAGAGUUCAAUAUGCCAUGUUUAUUGUACCAAACAAGAAGAAAUUCCCAAAUUUGGAUUAUUCUGAAACAAAGAGUAAUCAACCAGAUUACCAAUCUCAAAAUUUCCUUAAUCUAUGUCCUCGUGAAUAUGGGGUUGAUAAGGUUUCAAUUCCAUAUGAUGGUGAUAUGUGGAAACAUUUUUCUAUUGAUCCUUCAAGAGGUCACAAUGUUGAAUCAUGCAAAAUAUCCAAGUGGACAACAUCCUUUGUCAAUCAAGCAUGUUCAGAUGUAAAGAACUUACCAAAGAAUCAAUUUAACAAGAAUUGUAUCAAGCAAAUGCCUCCAACGUACUCUCUCAAGUAUGAUCACGUUAUUCAAUUGAACAAUAAGUGGUCAAACCUUACUGACAGUGAUGCGGCUGAAGUUUCAACAGGAGGAGCUAGUCUACCAGAAUUCAAGUACACUUUCAAACAUGUCUAUACAUUCCAACAUGACAAGUAUGCAGAUGAGGUAGAUUCUAGUUUUUCUACAGGAGCUCCAAAGACUGGAGACUUUACACAAAAUAUGUCCUCUAUUUAUUAUAAUGGUAAAUUGAAUUAUCAAGGUAGAUCAAAGGAUGUUUUCCUUCCAGCCAAUUCACCUAUACUUGACAUGGAUGCAUCCAUUGAAUUAUCUCCAAACUUUAUUAUUGAUGUACUUAAUCAUUAUGAUGAUUUGACAGUCAAUUAUGGAUGGAAUAUUGUCUACGAAUCAGGUACUUGGAAAAAGCUAAAAAACAAAACAAUUGAAGCAAUCCAAGAAUUUGGAGAUACAAUCUUUGAUGACAUCAAGGUUGUUUGGGAUCUUUCUUCUUUAGCAAAAGGUUCUAACAAUAAUAAGCUCACUUUAACACCAGGUCAUCAAUAUAACUUUUUUGCCUCCCUCAAGAUUACAACCCUCUAUUCAACAGAUACUUUGGGAAAUUCAGAAAUUACUCAAGUUAAGAUUUUAAUUCAGAGUACAUCUGUUACUGAAUAUGCGUUAGAUUUCUUAGAUAGACAAAAGUGCAUCCUGAACUUUGCUAUUUCCUUUGAUUUACCUCAAAGUUAUCAAGUAUUUAUUCAAUCCGAUUAUACUAUUCUCGCGUUUUUCACAGAUGUUGGUGGGGCUAUUGGAAUUAUUUCAAUUGGAGCUAUUGCUUUGGAGUUAUGGCAGAGUUACAUUAGGCAACCAGAAAUGAAGAAAAGAAAAAGAGAAAGAAUGCCAAAAAAGCUGCCCAAAAAGGAGUUGUGCCAGAGAUUACCAUACAAACCAAUGUAG